AAAAGACACGAUAACAUCCAGCAACGGGCUCCACUUUAAAAUAUAGUUAUGCAGAUUGCUUCCUCUGAUAUUGUUCCAGCUUUGGAUAAGAAAGACUCUCCAAAGAAAUGGGAGACUGGUCCAUUCUUGGCCGCUUCCUAACGGAGGUGCAAAACCAUUCCACAGUCAUUGGCAAGAUAUGGCUGACAAUGCUGCUCAUAUUCCGCAUCUUGCUUGUGGCCCUGGUAGGGGAUGCUGUCUACAGCGACGAGCAGUCCAAGUUUACCUGCAACACCCUACAGCCUGGAUGCAAUAAUGUCUGCUAUGACACUUUUGCUCCUGUCUCACACUUGCGCUUUUGGGUCUUUCAGAUCGUUCUGGUCUCCACACCUUCUAUCUUCUACAUUGUCUACGUCUUGCAAAAAAUCACCAAGAAUGAAAAGUUAGAGGUUAAGAAGGUUGAAGUGGUACCCAGGUCCUUGCCUUCACUUGAAAGGGACAAACAUAUAGGAAGAGAUAAAGAGACAACAGUGGAAGCCGGCAGUCCUUAUAACACAACCUAUAACAAUGAGGACUGGAGCCUCCAGGAAGGUGAGUGUGAGGAGAAGAGCCAGCUGGAAGAGGAAUUGAGAGAGGUAGGAAAGGACCCAACCCAGCUCUCCAGCCAAGUACUGCUAAUCUACAUCAUACAUGUUUUGCUCCGCUCCAUCAUGGAGAUAAUCUUCCUCAUUGGACAGUAUUACCUAUUUGGAUUUGAAGUUCCGCACCUUUUCCGCUGUGAGACCUACCCCUGUCCAAACCGAACUGACUGCUUUGUGUCUCGAGCAACAGAGAAGACCAUCUUUCUCAACUUCAUGUUCAGUGUCAGUCUAGGUUGCUUCAUCCUGAACAUUGUAGAGCUGCAUUAUCUAGGCUGGAUUUAUAUUUUCAGAGUAUUGUUCUCUGCAUGCUGUACAUGCUGUCAGUCGGAUAGAGGCCCUGUGCAGCAGGUGGAAUUAUACUCUGACAACAACCCGCUGUUGCUUGAGCUCAAACACUCUUUACGUGGCAGGGUCGUCCUGCAGACCACCUCUACCAUGUCCCGGGACAAGAGCAGCGGUGUCCCAAACCAGGCCCCGGCCAUCUCCUUUGAGACAGACUCUACACUGGAGUGCACUUCAAAGAGAAAUCCAGAUGAGAAGGAACGCACCAAGACUAGACUGCACAAUAUGGCCAAAGUAGGAAGAGGCAAAAAGUCAUGGCUGUAAAUGAUUUCAAACCAUAUUUUUCUUUUGUGUUAUAUUUUUUUAUAUAUAUAUAUAUAUAUAUAUAUACAUAUUCCAUCUAUGACUGCCCUUGUAUAUCUCAAAAUUGAUUGAAAUUGAAAUCUUUUCAGGAUGGAAGUAAGCUAUGAAGUUAGUGAUUAUUAAAAUGAUUCAUACAAUUUUAGAGAGAAACUGUGACAGAUUCAGAGUAUUUGUUUCCAGCCUCAGAAAAUCUCACCAGUGCAAGAGUACUUAACAUUAAUAACCUGGAAUGAUUUGAUUCCAAUUUUGGAAUGAUUUGGAGGUGUUGCAAUUUGUUCACCAUCCUUGGUUUAUUAGGUGUACUGUAGAGAGAAGCACUGAUAUUAUUGUAAUGCAGCAUUUUAUGAAAAUGUAUUUGUAGAUAUAGUCAAACCAAUGCAUUUGCUGUGAUUUAUUCAUACCUCCACUUACUCCUACUUACCCUUGUUGAAGAAAGAAGGACCACAAAGAAUCUUUUUUAAAUAGGCAGAUGAUGCGUUUAAACAUCAGCAGCUUCAUUCUUGGUUGGCCUGUUAAGAAAGUUUAUAUCUUUUGGACCGAUUCUCAUUGUUUUGUCUUUCUAAAUUGUGCUGCAAGAAAGCAAACUUAACCAAAGUUAGUGGAGUGUAACCUGUAUCUGUGCCAGAAAAGUCUGUGUGGGACAAAAGGCUUGAUUUUCCUUGACUUGGUCAAAUAUAGCUGAACAAAUCUUCUUGCUGUCCUGCAUGGCAGUUAUAUCCCAUAAUAUAUCACAUCCUCAAGAGCUUAGAUUUCAGAAAUACAAUUUGAGCUGAAAUGUAAUCAUAUAUGCAAAAGUCUCAAAUGUAUAAACUGGGGCUAGCACCACACAAAUACCAAGAUUUAUUAGAACAUUUAAUGAUCAAAUUUAAAGUCAACAUCCCUUACAAUAUCAGAUCUCUAAAUGAAGACAUGUGUUUGGGCAUUGAGUUCAAAGGUGAGUCCUGACAAGCAAAAUUGGGCAGCCUGGGAGUAUUUACCUGUGCCUGUAAUGUACCUGCACAUUCAGUGUUACAGUAAGUAAAAAACAAAACCAGGAGAGGUCACUGCUGUCUGGUUUACACUGGUGCUGCCUUCAUGCACUGUUGGAAUUACUAUACUUCCAAAGAGUUUUAAGCAUUGUUGACCCACAUAUUAUUGUAAAGGGCUAGUUUUGGCACAGUUUGUCUAUAUGUAACAUAUACAGGUGGACUGCAUGAAAGCAGUAUAAGUAAAAGGUGGUGAAAGUA